AUGCCAGAGAAACGUUUAACACGCCUCCUCAAGUCGAAGCUGCUACGGCGAUCUUCGAUACCCGCGGUACCAAAUCCGGACAUUGGGGCGGACCCGCGCGUCCACCCAAAUUCAACCUCUGGCAUCUCCAGAACUCCUCUCUCCGACUCCGCGAGCGAAAAAUCCCCAUACAGCGUUUUAUCGUCCGCGGCCCAAUCCUCCGUCAAUACCGCCUCGGGUCCUGACGCGCAUGAGGGACAGGGUCACAAGUCACGACGGACCAAGCCCAGUAAUUCAUCCCCGCUGCACUCGCAACACCAGCUUCAUCGAUAUCCUUCAUCGGACGCUGUAGCCAGUAUUCCUCCCCCGACCGAGCCGAAAUACUCACUACCGCCUACCCCUCUCUCCGAAGAGCUCUCUUCCCCCCUCGACAGCCCGAUCCCAACUCCGUCACAUUCCGACGACACGUCCCUGCAAGCCACGCAAGUCAAAUUUCGCAACUCAACUCUAGUUGAACAUCCAUUGGACCCGACUCUUGAUACCGUUGUUGAGACUCCCCCGGAAGAUCGUCGGAAAUCUGCGUCUUUUUUCCCUGCCCCUUCCAGUAAGCGACCUAGUCUUGCUGUUCGUCGUCAGUCUCUUCUCCCCGCAUCACAUCAGAACUUGAUUAGUGGCCUGUUGGAGCAGAGUCUCUUCUUCCCCACUCAAGGUGAACCGGGCAGCAGUCGCACACCCAUAGCUGCUGCCAAGAUGGUCCAUCGUCGAAUUUGGGUGAAACGGCCAGGUGGCUCGGCUACGCUGGUGCCUUGUUUAGAAGAUGCGGUGGUGGAUGAAUUGCGCGACCAAGUCAUUGCGAAAUACGGCAACUCGCUGGGCAGGACAUUUGAUUCCCCGGAUAUUUUGAUACGGAUCCUAGCACGCGACAGCGCAAAUCGAAUCACAACCCCAGAGCGGCUCUUGAGCCCAGAAGAGCCCUUGUCGGCUGUCCUAGACUCAUAUUACCCCGGUGGCCAAACUAUUCAAGAGGCCUUGCUUAUUGAGGCGCCAACACGCCGAACCCCAAAGCCAUCACCACGACAUACCGGAUAUCACCAUCACCACCCUUCCGAGCCCGGCGAGCAUGGCGAAUAUUUUCCCCUCAUGCCUACCAAUGUCAAGGUCCCGACCCCACCCACGCAUUCGUCGAGUUCAGUAAAUAGCGCGCCAUCUAUCUCGAUUCUCACAACCGGCGUGCCGCCGCCACUUGCAUCGCCGGGGUCCCGAGCUCGUCAGCACCGUCGGCCGGCACUUCAGCGCCAUACGACUAAUUCACCGACCAUGCUUGGUCAAGCGCCCACAGUGACGGAAUCGGGAAUUUCUCCUCAUUCCCAACCCCCUCCAACCAUCCCGGCCCAGAGCGUGCCCACGCCCCCAGCGACAGUGGUCGAAUCUCCGCAAGUGAAGUCACACACACCACCAGCAGCUGUUGCAUCACCGAGAAACCUCCGGAAGCCUAAAAGCGCUGCAUCACCAGGAGCCGUUUUUGGUGGAUUGAUCGAUGGCACCGUACCGCCAAUCAACGUUCUCAUUGUAGAGGACAAUAUCAUCAAUCAAAAGCUAUUGGAAGCUUUCAUGAAACGUCUCAGUGUACGGUGGAAGUGUGCAGCUAACGGCGAGGAGGCUGUACGGAAAUGGCGACAAGGUGGAUUUCACUUGGUUCUUAUGGAUAUUCAGCUGCCCGUCAUGAACGGCUUGGAUGCCACCAAGGAGAUUCGUCGACUGGAACGACUCAACGGAAUUGGUGUCUUCUCCAAGACAGCGUCUGGUCGUUCCAGUGCUUCCAGCGCCAAUGAAUCUGAAAAAAGGCCUGGACUUCAUCGCUCUGUCAGCGAGGAAGACACGCUGAAAGAUCUAUCGCUGUUCAGGAGUCCGGUUAUUAUCGUUGCAUUGACAGCCAGCAGUUUGCAAAGUGAUCGUCAUGAGGCAUUGGCUGCUGGCUGCAAUGAUUUCUUGACCAAGCCUGUGGGUUUCCCGUGGCUCUCACAAAAGGUGACCGAAUGGGGCUGCAUGCAGGCCCUGAUUGACUUUGAGGGCUGGCGCAAGUGGCGUGGCUUCAUGGACUCUCCCCGGUCCAUGUCUCCCAAUCACAAUAGCGCAGCCAGUCCCAUGCAAACUGGCACUCGCGAUCCCCCGCAAGCAGAAGCCCCAUCACCAUCCAUAACUCGCACCAAGUCCAAAGCCAAGAUCAAGCGCCCUCAUCUACCUGAUGACGCUGAAGUAUUAAGGGAAGAUUCAUGGGGAAGUGCUGGUACCGGCGAUUCCACCCCGAGCGCUGACGCAACUCCAGCAGAGUCAGAUAAGCCUUUUGAACCCUCCGCCACAUCUGAGCAAUGA